GGCUACGAGUUGACUGAACACCCCUAUUUCACUUCCGGUCAACUGAAAGCAUGUUUGCUGAAAUCUAGAGACUAUUUGCCACAAUGGACAACUGGAAUCCCAUGAAAGAAACUUAUGAAGAUAAGCGCUUCAACAGCUACGACUCAGGUGUUGGCAAGCAAAUACAACAAAGAGAACGGGGUGGGGCUGAAGGUAUCACACUGUUUGUUGGAUCUUUGCCUGCUGAAAUUACCAAUGAUGGACUGAGGAACUUGUUCUUGAAAGCUGGAAAUGUGUUGAAGGCAAGUGUCAUCACAGGGAAAGGGAAUGGGCCAGAUAACUUUGGGUUUGUCACCAUGGAGCGCUCGGUCGAAGCGGAGGCGGCCAUCAGAGAGUUCAACCGGUUUGAGAUCGGGCAGAACAAACUUGUAGUGAAAGUGGCAAGGUCACAGGAAGAAAAAGAACAGCAUAAACAGAAGAAGUCAUAUAUGUCGUCUGUUGAGGACUUUGAAGAUUUUCCAUCUUCGGAUGUUGACAUGAGACAAGUGAAAAGCACAUCAUCAGCCAACAAAGAGAACCAACCCAGCUCUAAGAUUGGAAAAGGACGUGGGGCAGUUCUUAGCCAGAUUGUCACAGGGAGUGGUGAUGCCACGUUUCCUGCAAUGAAUGGUCAGUGUUCCCCGCGACCUUUUACUGACCUCACUGUCCGUGUGGACCAGCAUGGCCAGGACCAGAGGCAGGUCCAACACAGAGGAAGUGGAAGUGUUCAUGGUUCUGGUGUGACCCAGAUAGCUUCUCAUGCCUCGCCAGCUUCUGUGGGUCGCGGCAGAGCAGCGCCGGGGAGUUACCAGCAAGCAUCUGUGAAUUCUGCGCCUGCACCUGGUGCUUACCCAUCCGAUCCCUCCAACAGAGGUCGCGGGGCUCCCAGAGGUCGAGGUAGAGGUCGCGGGAGAGAAGGCCCACCCAGGGGACGGGGUCGAGGGCGUGGCUACUGGAAUGGCCAUGGUUACUAUGACAACAACGACUACAGCAGUGGUUACUAUGGCAGUGACAGUUACCAUGACGACUGGCAUUCAGGCGGACACAGGGGAAGGGGAUAUUACGGGAAUCAGGGCAGAGGGAGGGGAUAUCCUUCAGAGGGGGGCUAUGUGGAGGAAUUUUAUGGUAGCUACCCACAUCAUCCAGGUCCGAGAAUGGUUGGAAGGGGUAUGCAGUUUCCGGCUUAUGUUCAUGCAGCUCCUGCAUACUAUGUUGACCCCAGCUACAUGCCUGUACUAGCUGCUCCAAGUUCACACCUGUUGCAACCAGCCUAUGCUAUGAACCCCGCCCUCAACCCUGGUCUUGUCACCCCUAGCAUUCAGUCUGCCAGUCUACUUGCUCAGAAGGAAAUUCCAAUACCCCAGCAAGAGUGCUCUGUGUGUAACAAACUGGGCUCGUACCGCUGUAGCCGCUGCAAGACCCCGUACUGUAGUCGGGAAUGCCAGCAGCUCGACUGGACGGCCAACAACCACAAGGGGAAAUGCGGCAGUGUGCAGAAAGAAAAUGAAGAAAAAGCCAUGGAUGCAUUUGAUGUCAGUUUUGGGGAUGAGCUAAUUCCACAAGUGAAAUCUCUCAUUGAGAAAGCCACUGGAGACAAGAUUGAAAUCACUCGCAAAUCCUCAAAGGACAUCAGCAACACACGUCUCAACGAAAUGAGCCCGAAAUCUGCGAAACAUGACCUCGCUGUCAGUAAGAAGCCUGAACGGUCACCUAGUAGUGGACAGCCAAGCCCAAGAGUGGACAAUGAACAGUCCAGAGUGAAGGACACUUAUUCUGAGUCAGCUCAAGUGAAGGACAAAGUUUCUGACUCAUCUUUAGUAAAGGCGAACGUUUCUUACUUGCCGGUAACGAAGGAAAGUAGAACAAACGAUGGUGAUCGAAGACAACAGAUCUCCGUAAGAAAUCAGAUUAGUUCGGAAAACUCUGGCCCCCUCCGGUCUGCCAGUCCAAAAAGACGAGACAAUACUGGGAGUGGUAAACAGCAGAGACCACCUGAAAAAGGCACUUCUCGAUAUGGGGAUGGUGGACAUCUGAAGAAUGAGUAUCGUAGCGGUCAGCCAAUAGAUCAAGGAUGUUUUAACUGUGGUGACACUUCACAUAGAAAGUCUGAUUGCCCAAAACCGCAUGGAUCAAGAUGGGGUAACUCUGGUUGUAAUAUAUGUGGAGACACCAGUCAUAAAAGAGUUCAAUGUCCAAAUAAGAACAACCAAAAAGAAAACCGAGAACCGCCAGCGAAAUCUUCAGACAUUUCCCAAACUGUUUCCAAGGAGACAAAAAUAGGUCAAACGUCUACUACAUCACCACCAGGGAUUGCAUCAUCAUCGUCAGUGAGCAAACGAGGGUCCCCACCUCCUAAGAAGCAUCUCUCAAUGUUGUCUCUGCCCUUGAAUGAACCUGUUAAGGUGGUAAUAACAGAAUUUGAGAAUCCUGUCAGUAUUUGGGUGCAGCUCGUUUCUGAUCAAACUCUGGAGGACAUGUCCACAUUGAUCCAGGGGCUCACUAAGCAGUACACGGACAGCAUAUGUGACGUCAACUCAGUCAUGGUGGGAGAGAUGUACGCAGGCAAGUUCAGUCAGGACAUGCAGUGGUAUCGGGUACAGGUCCAGAAAGUGCAUGGGGACCAGGUCAGUGUUCACUUUGUGGAUUUCGGUAACAGCGAGAUCACCAGUACAAGUCAACUGAGGCAACUGUCUGCGGACUUAUUGCAAUUUGCAGCCCAGGCCAUCCACUGCUCUCUACAAGGUAUCGGGGCCCCAGAUGGUAGCUGGAAGGGACCCUCCAGUCUGUAUCAGACCCUGGUACCCAUCAACCGGGAGUACACGGCCGUAUGCAGCUCGAUCACGGACACCAAGCUUCACAGCGUUGUCAUGACGACUGCAGAGGGGGCCGAUGUUUCCAGGAUCUUAAUGACCGAGGGAUUGGCUGUGAUGAUUGGCAGUAGUGAUGGGGAUGGAGAGUGUCUGAUGACAAGAGACCUUCCACUUCUCAAGGACACUUUGAAGGUGAAUGAAGAGCAAUUGUUCAUGGUAACGCUCUCUGAAGACUCAUCUCCUUUGAAGUUCGCCUGCCAGGUUGUCACUGAUGACCUUAGCCUGUACAACACCAAACUUCAGCAGAUCUACCAUAACUCCAAUUGCAAGGAGUACAGGCCCAAACAAAUUGGUGAACUAGUGAUGGCACGUUUCCCUGGCGAGGAAGGUGAUGACGGAUGGUACAGGGCAGAUGUUCUACAACUAAACCAUGACGGCUGCAAAGUACUCUAUCUCGACUACCUUAACUCCAGCAGCGUGAAAUUUAGCAUGAUCCGACAGGCCGUGAAAUUCUGUCUAGAUAUGCCUGCAUUGGGGAUAUGGUGCCGACUUCAUAGCGUUGCUGGGGCUGUUACCGAGGAAGCUAAUGCCUUCUUUCUGGAGCUUGCGACUCGUCCGUUGACGGGGAAAGUGGUUUCUGUGGAGAGGGACGCAGUUUUGUUGGAUAUGUUUACGUUGGACAAGGGAGAAUGGGUGAACCAGCUCGUGAAUUCUCUGAUUACGAAGUCAAAAAGUCAGAGGUCACCCAGGAGCUUGAAGGCAACUGAUAAGGCCGAUGAACCGAAGAAGGGUGGGGCUGUUUCUGUGAAAGGGGCAGUAAAGAGUGUCAUUAAAUCCCAACAAUUGGUGCCGAGUGAUGAGCUUGUAUCAAUGCUGGUCACACAUAUCAGUGCUUUGGACGCGAUUUACCUUCAGCUACAGGGCGAGACAUUGGAAGCCUUUGCUCAAGUGCUCUUGGAGUUAAAUCAGACUAGUGAGAGUGAAAGUGUUUACCUGCCUAAAGUAUCUGAAAACAUUGCUGCAAAGUUUGAUGACGGGACCUGGUAUCGAGGAUUCGUUGAAAAAAAGCUCGACACCAAGAAGUUUGCGGUGCGUUUUGUUGAUUAUGGUAAUACUGGGAUUGUAGAUGUGAGUAAUAUAAGGAACCUGAAAGCAGAACAUUGUGAUUUACAAGAGCUCGCAGUUCGUUGUCAACUAUUGGGAUCAGAGGGUUCUAACGACCACGAGGUUCUGUCUGAGCUGCAAGAGCUCAUGGUGGACAAACCGGUGAUGGUGAAAUUUGUGAGUUUCACUAAUGGGAUAUACAGCAUACUGAUGUAUCUGCCAGAUGGAGUUACUUGUGUUAACACCAUAAUGAACUUCUUACCAUCCGUAGAAGAAAUAACUAUAGAGACUAACCGCCCUGAAACAGAGUCUGAAAUUGUAACAAACGUUCAUGUUGCUGAAGUUUCAAUAAAAACAAGGGCAGAAAUCUCCACUAAAAUCGGCGCUGAUGCAUUGUCCGUUAGACAAGAUAGAGGGAAGAAAACAUCUGAAGCUGUUCUGCUGUUGAAGGAAUCUGAACUCCCCCUGGAUGGAAGCAGAAAUAAAAUACAGGUGACGCACAUUGAGGCUUUAGAUAAAAUCUACGUUCAAAAGCUGGAUCAGAUUAUGGAAGAAUUUGCUCACAUGCAGAGCCAGUUGAAUCAGGCUUGUGAAUGUGGAAGCGUUUACGAACCUCAGGAACUUGAGUUUGUAGCUGCAAAAUUUGAAGAUGGUUCAUGGUAUCGAGGUUUGGUGGAGAAAAAAGUUGACGAAAAGAAAUUUAGCGUGCAUUUUGUGGACUAUGGUAACACUGGUGUAGUGGAGGUAGGAAAUUUACGCAAAUUAAGAUCAAAUUUUACGGUGCUCCCUGUGAUGGCAGUUCAGUGCCAGUUGAAAGGAUCAGAGGGUUUGAUGGAUGCAGAAAUGUUAUCUGCGAUGCAAUCCACUAUGGUGUUCCAACCGUACUUAGCUAAAGCGUUGAAGAAGGUAGGCAGGAUUUACAGCAUCCUUUUGUAUGGCAUGGAUGGUGAAACAUGUGUAAAUGAAGACUUUGGUUUUGCUCAACAGACUACUGCAGUUUCUGAGAAAAGUGAGUCAGAAAAUGAAAGGAUUCCUAAGUCUGGGCUAUCAAUCAGGGAUAUAUCUGGUAUUUCCGAUCAUUUGUUCCCUUCUGAUGGAACUGUCAUUAAAGCUUCAGUGGUUCAUAUCGAUAACCUUGCGAGCUUUUUUGUUCAAAUUGCAGACGAAGCGACUGAGAAAGAACUGUUGUAUAUUACAAAAGAACUCAACGAAUCUUGUCACAAGAAUGAAGAGGUAUAUAAAGGAAAGGUGGGCGACAUUGUGGCUGCCAUGUACACCUGUGAAGGGGUUACACUCUGGUAUCGCGCUACGAUUGAAGAUUCCAGGAACGAUGCAAAGGGCAUUCAAUAUCGUGUCAAUUUUAUGGAUUACGGGAACGAAGAUUGGGUUCAAGUGAGUGACAUCCGAGAAUUAAGAGAAGAGUUUAGAAAAGUACCGAAAAUUGCUGUGAGGUGUAAACUGGCCAGAUCCACAGGUCUGGAAGACGAGGCUAAAGUCGCUGAUUUCCAGUCAGUAAAGAAUAGCAUAUUUGAAGUCCAGGUGCUUGAAAAGCAGACUGAUCGCUAUCUUGUAGACCUUAUUCUGAUUGAUCAGAUCGGCACAAAGUAUUCGGUGAGUAAACUGAUGUUCGGAGAAUCAGAGGUGCGGAGUUUAGAUGUAGAUGGUGGUGAAACAACCGUAGUAAGAUCUGAACCUGUUUCACAGUCCACUAUUAAGACACCUGAAAAAGGUGCCAUUCCAAAAAAUAAUAUUAGCCCUGUCACAAAAGCGGACUCGAAAAUGGCAAGUAUGGCUACAAAUCGUUCACCAAGGCUACACAUCUCUCUCCCCUCUCUGAGUUUGAAGAUUGGAGAAAUGAUGGCUGCAGCUAUGGUGUGGAUAGAAAACGUACGCUCGUUCUUUAUCCAGUUGGCUGACGAAGCGACGCAGGGUGAGUUUGGGAAAAUGAUGAACUCGCUGAUCGAGAGUUGCGAUAAGUCAACUUUGGCAUAUCAACCUGAGGUUGGCGAAUACAUAGGGGUGUUUUACUUUGACGGGCAGCAUUCUUCUUGGUACAGGGCUGAGGUCGUGGAAUUGAUUGGUCAGGACAGAGUCAAGGUGCUUUUCAUUGAUUAUGGUAACGUGGACGUGGUAUCGGUUAAGGAUGUUCGGAAGUUAGAACGCAAGGUGUUAGGGCUUGGAAGAAUGGCAAUUCAUUGCGGAUUAAUAGGUGAGGGGGAAGAAAGCAGGGAAAUGAUGGAAAUGCUGAAAGAGUUUUUAAUGAUAGAGCUGAAAGUUUGUGCCUUUUCUUGCAGCAAUGGGAAGUACGACAUUGAAAUGACGUCCCUAGAGGGCGUUAACAUCGGCCAGAAAAUUGGACUGAAAGUACAGGCUAUUGAGAAACAUUCUACUCAGAUCGUCGAUAAUCUUCCGAAAGCGAACACUUUGACAGCAUCAUAUGACAGUCUUCCAAGAAAGGUGGCCUCUCCGCCAAAAGGCGAGAGAAAGGCGUUCUUUACACAGACCCUCAACAAGAAUCAACCCCAGAGUCAAGAGCUUAGGGUGGUCAUCACGUCCAUUGUGCGGCCAAGCCUGUUUCACUGUCAGGAGUUCACAGAAGACCAAGAACGCUUGAAGGAGCUCGCCUAUCUUAGUGAGCAGAUGAGACUGGAGUGUGAGCACAGUGUAACCGGGGGCGACAACCGGACUUUUGAAGUGGGUGAACUGUGCUGCGCGAGGUUCCCAGUGGAGGGUGGCGACUGGUACCGUGCGACCGUUCUGGAAGUGUUCCCAGACAAGACGGUGAAAGUUGAGUACAUUGACUUUGGCAACAUAGCGGACGUGCCUGUCUCACAGCUGUGCCCUGCCACGGAGGAGUACACACACCUGCCAGUCCAGGCCUUCAGAUGUACCUUGCAUGGGGUCACCCCUGUGGGCAAGUCGUGGUCUGAACAAGCCAUGCUGGAGAUGAUGAAGUUCCAGGACAAGCCCCUCAAGGCCAAGGUCAUCACCAGGGACAACAAUGUGUACGACCUUGACAUUGCAGACGAUGAUGGCAACGACCUUGCUGAGGUCUUGAAGGUAGCUGGGCUGGCGAAGUCGGUGGAAGAUUCAAGUGGUUUAAGUGAAGUUGAGAGGAUGCGUCGAGAGAAUGAAAUACUCAAACAGCAACUAGAGUUGGCUCAAAAACAGAUGGCAUCUCUAAAGAAGCACACAUGAAGGAACAAGCAUCAGUGGAUAAUCUGUUUGUAUAUUUGUUUGAAGUAGAUUGGUUUUGUGAUGUUUUGGCAGAGGUGUCCAAAUUGGACAGACCUACUUGACUUGUAGUCAAAACUUUUUGUGAGCUUUUGUGAUCACUUUUUGAAAUGCUGUCCUGUUAGCGCAAUGGUUUGUACUAGCGCUUCUGAUGGACACGUUAAUUCGUAGAUUUUGCACACAUCAAUUUCCGAUACGUUUGUAUUAAAUUUAUGGAUCAGUUACAGUAAUGCUAUGAAAUAAACAAACGUUAAUGUCACAUGAAUAAUUAUGAUUUGACAGUAUUUUCCCAAAAUUGCAAAUGUAAAAACGUAUGCCCGUCGUAUAUAUUUCCGCAAUUUAUUAUGUACUUUUUUGCUGUUUAGUACUUAGUUUUAUUUGUGUAAAUAAUGUGGCUUUGUUAGCUUUUUACAUGUUAUUAAAAACUAGUUAAGUGUUUUUCUUAUUUUUUAUAGCUCACCUGAGCACUGUUUGCUGAUCGCCUUUUGCCUGUUGUCCGUCGUGCGUCAUGAAUAUUUACUUUGUUAACACUCUAGUGGCCACAUUUAUUUUCCAAUCUUUAUGAAACCUUUCAGAACCUGUGUCUCACUGAUAUUGUGGAAUUAUUCGAAAAUGGUUCUGGUUUGUUGAAAAACAUGACUUCCAAGGGGCUUGACAUUUUUCCUUUAAUGGCUAUGUUAAAACCAUGUUAAAACUAUUGAAGUCACAUUUUUAUUUUUUGUUGGAAAAUGAUAAUUGUUCAUUGAAAAACAUGGUCGCAAGGGGAGAGGCAUUUUUCCUUAAAUGGAUAUAAUAGGACCUUGUUAACUCUCUAGAAGUCACAUUUUUAGAGAAAUUUAGGUUAAAAAACAUGUUAAUUUAAAGUCACUUUUUGUCCAAUUUAAUGAAUCAGCUCCCGCUUUUUCACAAUAGUCUAGUUCCUUUGUGUUUCAGGUGAGUGCCUGAGGGCCCAUAGCCCUCUUGUUGUUUGUUUUGUUAUUUGAUCAUGUUGUUAAUGAACUCCAUUGAAUUAUUUUUUUCAAGUUAUUGUAUGGUCAUGUGAUCAUGUUGUUAACAAAUAUCAUUCUGUUAGAUCGUAUUUGGUUUUUAGAAUUUUUUGCCAUUUUGCUGAUCUUUUUGUUGGACAUGUUUCUUAGGAAAGCGUACUGUUUUUUAAAUGAUCUAGACUUGAUGUCUGUGGGUGUUAAUCAUCCUGAAAACAGGUUGUAAAAGGAUUGGUUGACGUUGUGUGGCUAUUAAUUUUGUGCACUCUUGAGUUUUUUUUUGUUUGACUUCCCCAGAAGGGUUAAUUAUUGUUUGUAAUGUUCUUGUUUAAAGUGCUCCAUAAAAGACGGGAAGAACCAA